AUGUGGCUCGCCGAUCAACGACGGACGUGGGCAAACAAACACGCGCAAACACAGCUUUUGACACCAAUCCCAGGGUUAGGGUGCUCGAACCUUAACCUCAUCCGCUGGUCCCCAGUCGCAAGUGAUGGUAACCCCCAAUCCAGGUUUUUUCUGUCCAGACCGAUAUUCCAAGAUGUGUCCGGGCUUGCGGUCAAGUUUUUCAUCCAGAAGGACCUUCCGGAGCAGCUACAGGCCGAGCUAUGUGAAACCAUCGCGUCUCUCGGAGGACGGGUAGAGCAGAAGGUGCCCCGGUCGGGGUACAUCCUCGUUCAGCAGGGGACAGCCGAGGAAGAGCGUCUGCGCCUUUGCUGGACGAGCAAGCAACGGCCGGAGCGCUACUUCGUGCCGUACACCUUCGUAGAAGCGUGCAAGAUCGCAGGGAUGCUGCUUAAGCAGAUCUUUGUCGAGAACGGGGAGCCGAUCAAGAUGCACAUUCACUCGAGCAUCGCGAACGUGAACGCGCGGGCGGCGUUGAGCGCGAGGAUCAUGCACUCUGGAGGCGACCCGACGGCCUCGAUCCAGUCCGCCAAGGUCAUCCUCGCCGACCCUAACACGGACAUAUUCGCGCACCUCGUCAACUCCUUUCAGCAAAUGCAGGACAAAUACGUUGAGAAUUACCUCUGGGUGAAGAAGUGCAUUGACCGGGGCCAGGUCCUCUACACGCCUAUGGUGUACAAGAACCCGGGAGGUAGAAGAGCUGGAGAAGAGAGGAUACAGUUCAACGAGGAAGACGAGGAGCAUCUUUGCCAGUGGAUCGCGAUGAAGAUACCUUACAAGGAGACCGGUGGCCGCACGGGUAACAGACUCUACCAGCAGCUCGUAGAAAUGGGCAACGAACCGGAAUACCAUUGGGUCAACCGCCACACCUGGCAGUCCUGGCGCGAGCGCUACAAGAAAAACUCGGCGCGGCUCGAUCAGCGCAUCUCUUUCAUCGUCCAGGAGCGCAAACCCCUCGUCGGCGAGAAGGGCCAGUACGCGUUCGUGCGCCAGCCGGAGGAAAAACCGAAGCGCACGCGCAAGAAGACCGCCAAGGUCGAAGACCAGCCGCACCAGCCGUUCGAUCCAGAACUCGGGCAGCAACCGGGACCGUCGCAUUUCCAACAGGGCGCGGUGGAUGACCACCACGCGCAGCUGAUGCAAGGCGCGUAUAUCCCGCCCGCGAUGCCCUACCCGUAUCCGCCGCCGCCGAUGGCGUUCCCGAUCGGCGGCCCGAUGGACCCGUCGACCCCGCGCAAGCCGGCCGAGCGUGAGGAGGUGGAGGAUCCGGACGACAGCGCCGAGUGGCAGAUCAGGGAGGGUAACGAGCCGCCGCCGGCUUGGGCGAAGAGGAAGGCGGAGGAAGAGGAAGCCGAGCCUAACAAGCGGCCGAGGACUGGGGCUGUGGAGGUGCCGUACGCUGCUAUUCUUGCCGGGUUGGCCGUCGCGGACCCACAGACGCUGGCCAGUAUGCACAUGAUGGACCGCGAGCUGUAUUCCAUCGCGCGUGAUCAUCGCUUCACGCUUGAGGAGGUGCAAGAGUACUUCAACAAGACCGGGGACCUCGAGCGUACCAGAGAACGCUUCCGUCGGAUGCGAGAACAACUCAGCCGUUUCAUCGAAGAAGAAGACGCACAAGCAGGAGUCGCCCAAAUCACACAAGCGCAGCCUGCUCUCCCGGUUCAGCAAGGUCUCGCACUACCUCCCGCGUCUGCUGAAGGCCAGCCCGAAGAAGGACCCAGGCCUGACCCGGGGCUUAGCCAAGGAGUGUCUUCCACCACGUUGCCGUCAGAGGGUUCGCAACUGAACAACGCAGCCUGAUGUUCCGGACUUCGUGAAUAUUGGCAUUAUUCGUCAUGUUCGGCACUUGCACAAUAUGUCUUCGCCAGUAAUCUUUUGAUACGCUAUGUCUGUGCCAUAUGAUACUGCAACAGGAUGCGACCACUGUAAUACAUCAUAU